AUGCACGAGUGCAAGAGUUUAUGCAAGCGGGCGGCAGCAAGGAUGCCGGUGGUGAUACCCAUAUGGUUUUUGGCAAUUGUUUUUCCAUUCUUUGGUCCCAUAAACUCGACAGUCGGAUCGCUUCUUGUUAGCUUCACUGUCUAUAUUAUCCCUGCUCUCGCUCACAUGUUCACCUUUAGAUCACCUGCAGCUCGAGAGAAUGCAGUGGAGCAGCCAUCAAAGUACUUUGGAAGAUGGUUGGGCACUUACAUUAUCAACAUAUUUGUGGCAGUUUGGGUGCUAAUUGUUGGAUUUGGAUUUGGAUUUGGUGGUUGGGCUAGCGUGACAAAUUUCAUACACCAAAUCGACGACACAUUUGGACUUUUCACCAAGUGUUACCAAUGCCCACCCCCAUUGCCACCAUCACCACCACCCCACCAACUUAAUGUCACCGCUCCUCUGCCGCCUCCACUGGCCAACCUCAUUCUCCCCCACCACCAUAUUCACGGUCGUUGA